AUGAUGCAAAUUGAGCAGCAAUAUCUGAAUUUGAACGAUGUUCGAAUGAGUCAACCGGCGGAAGCAACAGUACCGCCACCACCGGUUGUAAUUUGUCCAACGGAAGUGGACAAUAUUAAUAUAACUUUAGAGAAGAAUCAGCAAUGUGCAUGCAAAGAUUGCGGUAAAUUGUUCAACUCUGUGUGGUAUCUUAAACAGCAUGCCGUAAAGCAUUCCAACGAUCGACCUUUCAGAUGCAAAUUCUGCUAUAAGACUUACAAAUUUCGAUCAAAUCUCUAUCAGCAUAAAUGUCCAGAUCGCACCAAAAAUGGCAAUAUACCAUUUAACAAACGCUUGAUGUAUCGUUUAACUGUCAACCAGUCGCAUCUCUUUGAUACACGAGAAUUAUCAUUACAGCAAACAUCAGAAAGGAUUGCUCCAUCCGAUUUUGGCCAUUUUUUCAGUAAUAGGCCAAACUUCACCUUACCAACUAAGCCAAUCGAGCAACAUACUGAGCCAAUUGAUAUCCCGAUUGAAGCGAUUACGUCAGAAACAUUAACAGUGAAGCGACAAAUCGAACUGCGGGAGACGAUUGCGCCCAAACGACUUUUAGAGCAAGCUGUUAUCGAUAACUACUUACAAAAGCAUAGGAAUAAGUUGUACCAAUGUCGCAAAUGCAAGUUGCAAUUCCCGACACGCGGAUACCUGAGUCGACAUAUUGCUCAACACAACGAGCUAGAACAACUAUCAUUGCAGUGUGACAUGUGUCCACAGCGAUUUUCUAAUGAUAUGGAAUUUAGGAAGCAUACGGAAUCACAUUCCAAGGAUUCCGGAAUAUUGUGCGCAAAAUGUUGCGCCUCUUUUAGGUCAAUGUUGGCAUUAACGCGACAUCGAAAUCAAUCCCGUCAAUGUAUGUCAUCAGUUAGCAGCAGCUUUAACAAUCAAAACAUCGAUGAGUAUGCAUACAUUGAUGCAGUUGAAGCGGAAGCGCAAAUGAGUACAGCAACAGUAACUGAUAAUUUUGGUGGUGAGGAAAGAUCAUCAUUGAUUGCAACUGAUAAGAAUGGCAAUUGCGGUAGUGCCAGUAGCAGCACUGUUUGUUAUCAGCAUUUCUCAUCUAAUCUAACGAGAUCAGAAGGUCAUGGUAGUGAAAGUGGCAAUACAAUGAUCUGUGAAAAUGGAUCGAAACGAACGAUCGCUACGGUAAAAAUUAAACUUGGUCCAACGCCUGUUGUAUCGAUAAUGGAGAAGAAUGAUGAGAGUAAUAAUGAUGAGCAACCGUUGUUAUCUCCAGAACUAAAUGAUAUGGAAGCAACAAAUUCGGAAGUGAUAUUGGAAGAGGAAGUGAAGAGACAACUAUCACAUGACAGCGACACUUCUCAUAUUUCUACAAAUCGCUAUAGCAGUUAUAUCAGUUCAGAUCGAAUUAUCAGCAGUCAUCAUUCAGGAAUGAGUGGUAGUAGCAGUAGUAGUAGUAGUGGUGGUAGUACUACCAGUAAUAAUACACAAACAAAUGGUGGUGGUGGUAGUAGUGGUGGCGCUACUGGUAGUAGUGAAUCGCAUUUUGCAACUUCCACUUUCGAUAGUUUUUUAUCGAGUAAUGCUGGCAGUGAUGUUUAUGACAGUUUGAUGCUAGAAGGUGGUCGACCGAUCAUUCUACAUUCCCAUCUACAUGCUACUAAAGUUGAAGCUGUAUCCCAUCCGGUUGUUGACUUGAUCGGUUGUACGACGCAAUCAAUUCGUGAUGAAAUUAUCCUCUGUGAAACACUCUUUACUGUACGAACACACUUUUUAAGGAAAAUUGCUGUAUAUAUUGUUUAUAUAACAAUGCUACAAACUGUGGAAUUUUUCGAUUCCAUUUGUGGCAAACAAAAAAAGCUAAACCGGAAUUUGUUGGGUGCCGCUGCUUCGGCAGCAAUAGAGCAUACAUCAACUGCAAACUGCUUGAAAACGACACAGUCUGUAACCAAAUAUCCGGAGACUGUAGUUGAAAACGAAUCCGGUAACGUUACUAACAUUGUCGAAGAUGAUUCCGGAACCAGACGAUCCGCUGCUAAUGAUGAACGAUGA